AAAAAUACAAGAGAAGAAUUUUAAGUUGGAAAAUAGAAUACAAUUAUAAGUAUUAAGCUCGCAAUGAUCAAAUAAUAACAAUUAGAGAAUGAGCUGUCGAGAACAGUAAGGGAUCCAUUUAAUGUGCCGCGUCUUCAUACAAGUUUUAUCUUAUUUCAUCAUCUGCAGCAGGAGCACUGGAGACAUAAACUGGAUACGGUAGCAUUUUCUCAUAUUCCAAAGGGUUCAGCAAUCUGAAAUUAACAUGGGCCUUUGUUUCAGCCAAGAGAGUACGGUUGUCAAAGGCAGUGAUAGUGAAGAGAUGGCAAGUCCUCAUGGAAAUGUACAUAUUAUCACUUCCAAACAAGAGUGGGAGGCAAAACUUUUUGAGGCAACGACGAAUGGAAAGAUUGUCGUGGUGGAUUUUACUGCAGCAUGGUGUGGCCCCUGCAAAAUGAUUGCUCCUUUUUAUACCGAGCUUUCUGAGAGAUAUGCACAACUGCUGUUCCUGAAAGUGGACGUUGAUGAAAUGGCUGAUCUUACUGCUACAUGGGAAGUCCGAGCAAUGCCAACUUUCAUUUUCAUAAAAGAUGGGAAACAGAUAGACAAGCUGGUGGGAGCAAACAGACCUGAACUGGAGAAGAAAGUUAUAAAUUAUGCCACUACAGUUUAGUAAGCUUAGAGAUGCUCCUUGUAAGCCUUGUGUUUCUCCAUAAGUAUUGUGAUUUGGAUUUAAUUUAUGUUUGUGCUAUAUAUAUUUUUGGAACGGUAAAACUGAUCUGGGUGGAAUUUAGAGUAUAAAGCGAUUUAUGCCUCCCAGAUGCUUUCUUUUCUGUAUAUAAAUCAUCAUGCACUAUCAUGAUAAAUAUCAUCUACAUGUUUUGUAUAAAUAAAUUGCCCGACAUUUUACUGGCACUUGCAACAUUGCAAUAUAAAUCCUCAGUAGCUUAUUUGUUCUCA